AUGUAUCGCUUUAUGUAUCCUUCGAAAAUUCAGAGUGUUUUUUCCACAAUUAGAUGUGGUUCAUUAUUAAAUGGAAUCAACAUUUCGCGGAAUGGAUUUAAUCCCCGGUUUUAUUCAUUGACCGAUAGUCCAACGCGAAAGCCAUUAUUUGACAAAAUCUUAAUUGCAAAUCGCGGUGAGAUUGCUUGUCGCGUAAUGCGUACCGCCAAAAAACUUGGAAUAAAGGCGGUUGCGGUUUAUAGUGAAGCCGAUAAACAUUCUCUACAUGUCAAAAUGGCGGACGAAUCUCAUCUUAUAGGCCCGGCACCGUCUUCCGAAAGUUAUUUGAACAUCGAUAAAAUUAUCUCGGUGGCUAAGAAUAGCGGUGCACAGGCAAUUCAUCCGGGAUACGGGUUUUUGUCGGAAAACGCAAAUUUCGCUGAACGCCUUGCUAAGGAGGGGAUCAUUUUCAUUGGUCCCCCUGCCUCGGCGAUGAUCUCUAUGGGAUCAAAAAGUGAGUCGAAAGAUAUCAUGAUAAAUGCCAACGUUCCAGUGGUUCCCGGAUAUCACGGUACAAACCAGGAUCCUCAAUUCUUAAAAACGAAAGCCUUGGAGAUUGGGUACCCAGUCUUGAUAAAAGCCAUCAAAGGGGGUGGUGGCAAAGGAAUGCGGAUAGUCAGUGACCCCUCCGAAUUUGAUAUUCAACUCGAAUCAUCCAAACGAGAAGCCAUAAAAUCGUUCGGAGACGAUCAAGUUCUCAUUGAAAAAUAUCUAUUAACACCUCGACAUAUUGAGGUACAAGUGUUCGCCGAUACACUGGGAAACGUGGUGUAUCUAUUUGAACGAGAUUGUUCCGUUCAGAGACGGCAUCAGAAAAUCCUGGAGGAGGCCCCGGCCCCAGGCAUAACUCGUGAAAUACGACAGGAACUUGGAGAAAAAGCCGUUGCGGCGGCGAGGGCCGUGAAUUACGUGGGAGCCGGCACGGUGGAAUUCAUCAUGGACAAUAAUGAUAAAAGAUUUUAUUUUAUGGAAAUGAACACACGAUUGCAAGUUGAACAUCCUGUAACUGAGAUGGUGACUUCCACAGAUCUAGUUCAUUGGCAGAUCGAGGUGGCAUCAGGAAACCCCCUACCUGUACGGCAGGAAGAUUUGAAUCUCGAUGGACACGCAUUUGAGGCUCGUAUCUAUGCAGAGAACCCAUCAAAUAAUUUCCUUCCCGACAUCGGACCAUUGCUCCACAUUCGCACACCUCAAUUAUCGCAAAACGUUCGAUUGGAAACAGGCGUCGAGCAAGGAGACGAGAUUAGUGUAUAUUAUGACCCAAUGAUUGCAAAAUUAGUGACCAAAGGUCGAGAUCGCACUGAAGCGCUAAGAAUAUUGAGAAAGGCUUUGGACGAAUAUGAAAUUGUAGGUUUGAAUACAAAUAUCGAAUUUUUGAAAAACGUUAUUUCGCACCCUGCUUUUAUUCAGGGAGAAGUUGAAACGGGAUUUAUAGACAAAUAUAAGGAGGAAUUAUUCGUAACGAAAUUAGAAAACCCACAAGCUAUAAUUCAAGCUGCUUUGUCACUUAUAUUAAGCGAACAUAAAACUUCGCCUCAAGACAAUUUGCGCGAUCCAUGGGCUUCUAAUCCAUACUUUCGAUUAAACACCACGCACAUUCGUACUCUACUAUUUCACGACCAAAACGAUAAUGAUAUAAACGUUGAGGUCGAAUUCCUUCCAGAGAACCUAUAUAAUGUUACCGUAAAUCGCUCGGCCGAUGGAAACGGCGCGAUUAGGUUUGAGAAUGUGUCAUGCAAAUGGGAUGCUGUACAAAAAUUGAUAGUAGCCGAUAUCGGAGAUAGACGAUAUAAGAGUCAUGUUAUUCUUGAAAAGAAUGAAAGAGUCAUUUUAUUCGAUCAGGAUAACAAAGUGGUGUUGAAUAUCCCGGAACCAACAUAUCUUCGUGCUGGAAUAUCGGAUACAGCGCAUUCUGUGAAAACCCCGAUGCCUUGUAAAAUCUCCCAGGUUCUAGUGCAGCCUGGACAAACAGUUGAAAAGGGAACUCCCUUGGUUAUAUUGGAAGCCAUGAAAAUGGAACAUAUAAUUAAAUCACCAUACACAGGAACAAUUGAAAAGUUGUUCUAUAAUGUUGGAGAUUUGGUUGAAGAGAAUAAGACCUUGGUGGCAUUUGUGGAGGACGAUAAGUCUUAA